GGCCAAUAGUAUAAACAAUCAAAUUCUAAUUCAAGGUGGGUCCAAAUGCAUUACUAACAUUUAAUAAUUCUUUUUCAGUAUAAUGUUGAGUUAAUUCUAAUUGUUCUAAAGUUUCCACUCUUCAUUUUAAUUUUUUUUUCAGGAUUUUUUUCUUCAUUUCAAUCCAUAUUUUAAUGCACUUGUGUUACAGAAAGAAACACGUAAGACAAGAUGAUAUAUGGUUUGAAAGAUUUCUUCAACUGAUGCACCAAAUGAGUUUCCAGCCAAUUACAGUGGACCAUUGUUUAUAUGCAAGUUUUUCAGGAAAUUUCUUCUACCAACAUUGUCAAUGUCAACUUCAGACAAACUGGGUUGCCUUUUCUUCAAUCCACAAGGCAAGAGGUGCACAUUAGGACCUUUACAUCUAUAGAAAAAAUCAACUGACAGAUGGCACACAACAGGUUAGUGCCGGUUGAGCUCAGAAAAGGGCAAAGUUGGAAGCUACUGAUCCCAACAAAAUCCAUAUCUGCAAAGAUUACCUAAUUUUCCAUUCAAGUUUUGACACAUAAAAAGAAGAGGUCCCACGAUGUAGUUAUCUCUUGGAGCUUGUAUUGGAAACAUCUAACAUCAGACUUUUUCAAAUUACUGGUAAUGACAGUAAGUGGCGGCACUAGGAGUUAAAUUUUGAUUAGAACCACUGACUAGGACCUCUCUCUCAAUUUAAGCCUAACCAUGUUCUUAUAAAUCUUACCCAUAGCUUGAGCUUGUGCUCAUCCAAAACCAGGGUGUUUCCCCUAUAAUUCUUGUUCCUUCUUGGGAUUUCCAUGUUUCAGCCUUCUACUUCUUCCUGAGAUCCUAGACAUGGCGAAUUCACGUCUCCCGAGGUUCAUUAUGGAGGUUGCUCCACCCCAGUUUGUUACUGUCAUGAGGCACAGAACAAGAAAGAUGUUGGACACUAUCAGUGAAGAGGAUAGAGAUGGUAGCAACAAUGGUUCUCUUUCUCCUACUUACAAGAGCUCACCAACUUCAGUCGCUGCGGGUGCUAUGGCUGCUGCUUCUUCUUCUUCUGCCACUACUGUGACGGCUAACUCCAAGUAUUUUCUCAAAGGAGUGUCGAGUUUUUCCAUAUUCAAUAACUAGAAUGAUUUGC